AUGACGGUCGUGCUGAAACCGGUCAGUCCAGGCUCGUUCGAUGAACCGGAGACGCCGGUUAUUGUGUUGUGCAAAGGAGCAGAGACAUCAAUGCUACCGAAAAUUCGCCCUCGUUCCGAACCGGCAUUCGUUGUGUCCGAAGACUUCCGUGAUCCAUUGUGCCAGGGCUUGUCACGUACCGAUCAACCACCCGUCGGCAUGACUGGUCCUCUUGUGAUGGAACGAGUGACUGAAUUCGCUAGCUCUGGGUUGCGUACACUUGUGAUCGGGGCGAAAUUGAUCACGUCCGUGGAAUGGUCUCAGCUGAAGAAUGAAUUGGACGAAGCACGUGGAAUGUUGGAGGGUCGGGAGCAGGCAAUGAAUCGGGUCUAUGAGAAAAUUGAACGAGGCUUUCUGCUUGUUGGGUGCACGGGUAUUGAAGACAUGCUACAAGACGGAGUGCCAGAGACCAUUACAGCGUUACGAGAAGCGGGUAUUCAGGUUUGGAUCCUCACGGGCGACAAAGAAGAGACCGCGGUGAAUAUCAGCUACUCGGCCGGGCAUUUCUAUCAUGGCAUGAAUGAGGCUCGCAUCACCAAGCAGGAAACCCUGUACCAGUGUUCGAACGAAAUCGAUCGCCAAAUCGAACGAAUUCGCGAAUCGAAAUCGAUCGAUCCGGAAUCUCCUUUUGGUGUGGUUAUUGAUGGACAGUCAUUGAAUUUCGCUUUGGAACUUCCGUUACGUAAGAAAUUCACCGAAUGCUGUUUGAGCGCAACCACUGUGCUCUGUUGUCGAUUGACCCCGAUCCAAAAAGCCGAGGUGGUCAGACUGAUCAAGGAGAGCCGUUCUCCACCUCCGGUCACUGCAGCAAUUGGGGACGGGGCAAACGAUGUGUCCAUGAUCCUCGAGGCUCAUGUGAGCUUUGGUCUGUUUGGCAAAGAAGGCCGUCAAGCCGUGCGAGCGGCGGACUACGCGUUUGGUCGGUUCCAAUUCCUGAAAACGGCCAUUCUUUUUCACGGGCACACCUACUACAUCCGUGUAGCUAUGCUUGUAUUGUAUUUUUUCUACAAGAAUCUGGUUUUCACCCUCCCUCAAAUGUUAUUUGGAUUUUUUUGUGUCUAUUCAGCUCAAACUAUCUAUCCGGAAUUUUAUUUAGUCUUUUUCAACAUAACCAUGACCUCUUUACCCAUUUUCCUUUAUGGUGUAUUCGAGAAACCCGUUCCCCGGUCCACUCUUUUAGCCUUUCCUGCCCUUUAUCGAUCGAUUGUGCGAAAUCGUGGACUAUCCCGGCUGAAUUUUCUCAUGUGGAUCUGUUUAGCUGUGUGGCAUGCAUUUGUGAUAUUUUUCGGCGCCUAUUUUGUCGCGUUCCAAGGACAGGCGAGUGGUGGGAGUAGUACACAAACCAAUUACGGCGGGUCGGCAGUAGGAGAAAUUGUGUGUUUUGGCAAUCUGGUUCUGAUGAGCAUUUUUCUCGUGGUCAAUUUGCGUCUGAUUUUCUUCAGUCACUUUAUCAACUGGGUCGUCGGCUUGGGAUUCGCGCUCACAUUCAUUCUGAAUUGGGCCAUGUUCUUGUUCCUGAAUUAUUACCUGUUCCCGUUGGAGACGGGCGCGCAACUGUUUGGCACGUACACCGUGCUCUGGGGCGGUUCUGGUGCGGGGACCGGUUGGUUCGCGUUGCUUGUGUUCAUGUUCCUGGCCCUAUUGCCCGAUAUGGUUAUCCGCGGUCUCUCCGACCAGGGAUGGGAAUGGCGUUUGGAACAAAUGGCGCAGGAGGAGAAGGAACGCGCUCUGGCGGAUGAAAUGGAUCGGAGAGAGGCAAAACAGCGCUUGGCGAAGAAAGCCAACCAGACAGAUGGUAACGCGUACAAACAGAGCGGGUCCAUUCGUGAGGAGACUAAUAACACCAACCAGUAUCCAAAAGAGAGCAAUACUUACACGAAUCCAAGCUUUGAUUGGCCAGUCGGAGAACCACUACCUCACAUCUCUGAGGCCCCGAGUAAUCAACUAAAAACUCGGUUACACAUCGAGGAGUUGUUUGAACAAGGGCCAAUUGUGCAAAAACCCACAACGCAUUCCCGACGUUUAAUCGAUUAUACUCGAAAUGCUGUUGGACAACCGCCGGUACCUUCGAUGAACUCAGGUCCGGAUCUCCCCGGAGGGGGACUGGUAGCCCAUGUGACGUAUGGACAACCAGAGACAAUUAUGUCCCGAAUGUGA